AUGGCGGAAGUUUUUGGCAAAUUUUUCCUUGCCGCCGUGCUGCUGUCUUCAGCAACAGCAGGUAAUGAACGUCAGGAAAGAAUCCUCGGAGGUAGUACCGCGUCCCCCGGUGCUGUCCCAUACACCGUCUCCCUAGUCCUCAAAGGCUAUCAUCAUGUGUGCGGUGGUACCAUCAUCACCAACCGGCACAUCCUCACUGCGGCCCAUUGCUUCGUCGGAAUGAGCAAGCCUCCCUACACCAAGGGAUUGACAGUACUCACUGGCGCAGUUGAUAGAACUCGUGAUGGGGAGCAUCAUCCUGUAUUGAAAGUAACGCCUCACGGAGAAUUCAAAUUUGGGCGCAAGGCCAGAUGGCGCAAUGACAUUGCUGUUGUUACUCUAGCGGAUGCGAUAAAACCCUCGAAACUUCAAUCGCCAAUCGCGUUGCCAACAUCUCGCACUCCCGGAAACGUUAUUGGUAAAUCAUCAGGCUGGGGAUUCCCCGGAAUGAAUGCUCACAUAAUGGAUAUGCUGCAAUACAGGAUGGUCAAGAUACUCAGUAAUGAGCAAUGUAUCGCUCUGAAUAGUGACAUCAGUGAGAAGCAACUUUGUGGAUUCAACGGGCAUGGCACAGGUUUUUGCGAGGGAGACAGUGGCGGUCCUCUUGUUUACAACAACACAGUAGUCGGCAUCGUGUCCUUCUCCGUAGCCUGCGGCAUGGGAGCACCUGACGUCUACACUCGAGUCGACAGCUACCUAGACUUCAUAAAAAGUGUUACAUCAUCCAAAAAUUAG